AUGGCUGCACCCCGCGUCUUCAUCGUCCGCCACGGCGAGACGGAGUGGUCACUCAACGGCCGACACACGGGCAGCACCGACAUCCCCCUGACGGCCAAUGGCCAGAAGAGAGUCAUUGCCACAGGUAGGGCUCUCGUGGGCGAUGACCGUUUGAUUGUUCCCCACCAGCUGUGUCAUAUUUACGUUUCCCCACGAAAGCGAGCACAACGCACCUUUGAACUGCUCAAUCUUGGCAUACCCGGCCCACUGCCAUGGCAGCCGCAUGGCAAUUCCCUUGGGGGCGGUCUUCAAUGCAAUGCCAAAGUCGAGAUUACCGAAGACAUUCGGGAGUGGGACUAUGGGGACUACGAGGGUAUCACAAGCCCAGAGAUCCGCAGAAUGAGAGCCGAGCAAGGUCUUGAAGGAACUUGGGACAUUUGGAAAGAUGGCUGUCCAGGAGGAGAGAGCCCUCAAGAUGUCACCGACCGUCUCGACCGUCUUAUCGCCGACAUUCGCAAAAGAUUUCAUGAGCCUAUACUAAAUCCGCCUGAGGGUAAAAAACCACACAAGGUGUCGGGUGAUAUUCUGAUUGUUGCGCAUGGACACAUUCUGAGAGCCUUUGCCAUGCGAUGGGCCGGUAAGACCCUUCAGGAUGGGCCAGCAUUCUUACUCGAGGCCGGCGGAGUGGGAACUUUGAGCUACGAGCAUCACAAUAUUGAUGAACCAGCCAUUCUCCUCGGUGGAGCUUUUGUUGUUGAUCUCGAAGAGAAGGGACAGUAA